AUGUAUGCUGAUAAUUAUGUAAACACCUUCCCAAUCUACUAAUGACAUAAUGUGGAGCGGUUUAUGAGAUUAUGUAAUGCAGAAUAUAUGUUUACAUGUUUAAAUUACAUACCGGAGUAUGAACAUGGAAAAUGGAACAAACAUGGUGAAUUUAUUCAUAUAUUUAAACGGAACAAAUACGUCUUUAAGUGAUGUCACAUUUUCAGGAAAAGGGCCGUCUUCACUAAAGUUGGUUUCCGAUGUUGUAAUACCGACAACUCUCAUUAUAAUCAUGUUUGGUAUGGGAUGCACAAUAGAGUUCUGGAAACUUAUCCAGCAUCUUCGCAGACCAAUCGGAGCAGCUAUAGGAAUGCUGGCUCAGUUUAUCGUACUGCCUUUGGUUACCUUCGGAUGUGCGCAUGCGCUUCAGCUAGAACCGAUAGCCGCUAUAGGGAUGCUGGUGAUGGGUUGCUGUCCGAGUGGGUCAAUGUCUAACAUAUACUCGUAUUGGGCAGACGGCGACGUUCCAUUAAGUGUGACUAUGACAACGUUAGCUACACUUUUGGCGUUAGGUAUGAUGCCUCUAAAUAUCUGGCUGUACAGCAGAAGCUGGAUAAACGAGGGCCUUUUAAUACCUUACAACAACAUGAUUGUCUCCCUUGCAAUGACACUGGGGCCUGCAGCUGUUGGAAUAUUUCUAAGAUGGAAAUGGGAAAAGAUAGCUUUAGUUAUUGUGAAGAUCGGAAGCAUAUGUGGACUAAUAGGGAUAAUUUUGUCAAUAACGUUUCUGAGCCUUCUCUAUCCUUUCAUGUACAGCUCGUCCUGGAAAAUCUACGCCGGAGCCUGCCUUCUAAAUUCUGUAGGCUUCGCACUCGGAUACAUCGUAGCUAAAUUAUUCCGAAUGAAUGCCACGCAUGCAAGAACUGUCGCCUUGGAAACUGGAAUUCAAAAUGUUCCAUUAUGCCUGGCAGUAAUCACUUUAUCAUUCCCAAAACAAAUGAUUCCGAAAUUGGUGCUUUUUCCAUUGUUAUACGGAAUAUUCUCGCAGAUUAAUAGCUGUGUCUUUGUGGCGUUAUUCUACAUUUGCAAACGCGUCAAGGCGUACAAGAAUAAAAGAGCGGGAAACGAUUUCACCAGUGUGCCUACGAGUGAAAAUCCUGAUGGUGUUGAAAUGAGCAUUGUAGUAACAAAAAGGGAAAAACCAGUAGACAGCAAAAUAUAAAACAGUACGUGUAUAAACUAAGGACGGUUAUCAAAUUCUCUGAAAGAAUCCCUCUAAUUUUGAACUUUUAUCUAGAAUGGCUUACUCAAGUUAAUACAAUCCAUAGCUUGGUAUAAGAAAUGCUUCAAGAAGCCCCCUCCCCCACCCGGUGAAUGUUAAUCAAAUUAUAAACCAAAAUGAAAUUUUGAUUCCUGGUCUUGCAAAUAUUUUCAAACUUCUGUGUUUGAUUUAUUUAUAUAUCUGUAGAACUGUUGUGUGGUCUGCGACUUGAACCUUUUAGACAGAUAUGUGAUGUGUUAAUAUAUUCCGCCUUGUGCAAUUGUGUAACGAUAACUUGCUUAGGCACAAACCAGUACUUCGGGAUUCUGCAUAUAUUAUAAAACGAGAAACACAGUUGUAACGUAAUGUUUAAUGAAGCUUCUAAGCCUCUAGUAACUUUUGCAGUUUACUUAAAAAUAUUUCAAAAUUACCUAUAGUCUAAACAACGUAAAUAUAAGUUAAAAACAAUCAUAUUUUAUAUAUCUAUGUUCACAAACUAUGUAAUAAAUACCUGCUUUAGUCCUGAUUAUUACUUAGGGGAGGAUCAACCAUAAUGUUCAAACUUGUGAUCCACCCAUAUGUAUGUUGUAUGCUUGUUGUAGCAUUAAUUAAUGUGUUAUAAUGUAUAAAGUUAUAAACAAUAAUAUAUUAUUAAAUCAUUUAUACGUAAAACUGUCAUAUUAAUAGCUGUGUCACGGCCUGCUUCCAGCCGGUAGAGCUAUUAACUGCCCAUUUACACCCUCAUUGGUGGCAAUGGCCUCAGCCUUAUAACGUGGCAACAAAUUUGUUAUUGUUGGUAGGUGGACGUGGGUCCUUUUGGACUGGCGGGACACUACAACAGUAAGACAAUAUAAGAUAAUAAUAAGAUAUAAUUUAUUUAUUUACUAUAAUAUAUGUAUCAGAUGUAAAUAACGUAGCGAAUACUACAGUAUAACGAAAGUGAAUGCAAUGAAGCGUUGCAUUCAUCAUAAACGCUACGGGUCACAGGUUAGUAAGAUAUUAGUAUACUAUAAAGGGACAUAUAGAUUAUAUUGGAUACAGGUACAAAUAGAAUAUCGGAGGGUUGUGGGCGGUUACGGGGAGGACUGCAUUUAAUUAUUUCCCCUGGACCAGUUAUGUAUUUCAAUAAAACGGAUAGUAAUGGAAUUAAAAACAACAUGUCUGAUUAAUUAAUUAUGUUUUACCGUAUACUUUAUUCAAAAUCACAAGUUAAUAUACAAAUUAGCGUGAGAUAAUUUGCACUACGACAGCUGCUUAUAUUAGAUGUAAACGUUUGUACAGAUAUAAUUCAAAAACUGAUAUUAUUAGUUAAUUAGUUAAAAAGAAAAUUAUCCAAAUAUUUGGGCGUUUAUUUUUAUCAAUAACUUCAUCAAUGAACAAAAAAAACAGUGGGCACUGGGGAAUACAAGGUAGAUAUUACACCUAUGCUGGCUCCCAGUCUUUGCUGUUGACAUGUUUUCGCAACCGAGAUCCAGAUCAAAGAAAUGUCAAUUUCUGUACAAUGCCGUAAAAUACUCAGCUGUAAUCUAUAACGAAGCAUUCUCAAGUCAAAGAAGUCAUUGGUAUUAGAUGUUGCAGAAAUUAUAACAGCACAAAGUUUUAAGGUAUAAUCAGCGAUGAAAAUUUAAACAUAAACCUUGUGAUUUGGAAUGUUAAGAAAAUUCUUUAGUCACACAAAAACGUGGCGUACAUCAUAUCGAACUGAAUUCUCUAUCAUUGCUAACGAUUUGCACCAACAUGGCUAUUCUUCAAUCAAUGUACUGAUGUAAAAUUUGGAUUAUGAUAUUUUUUGUUUGUUUUUGUUGAGUUUAACGUCGCAAAGAUAGGAAAUAUGGCGAUUUUUCCAGCUUUGAUGGUGGAGGAAGACCCCAGGUGUCCCUCCGUGCAUUAUUUCACCACGAGCGGCUACUUGAGUAGAACCAUCGACCUUCCGUAAGCUAGCUGGAUGGCUUCCUCACAUGAAGAAUUCAACGCACACGUAACGUGAUGGGUAAUUAAUUCUCUAAGCCUUUAGUAACUUUUUGCAGUUUUCAUAGAAAAUAUUUCAUAACUAACUAUAAUCUAGGCACCGUAAAUAUAAGGCUCGAAUAUAAGGCUCGACCCAAUAACGGUGAAGGGCAAGUGAUUUGAAUGUUCUAAAUAAAAACGACCCACAAAGCUCUUGAAAAGAGCCAUCGUCUUUGUAUAAAGUAUAUGCAAAAGCUGCCUGUUUUUACUUCUAAAGAAAUUUGAACUUUGCUUUGUUCUGCUGAAUCUAUAAUUGAUAUCAGAAAAAAAUCUUGUUUUGACAUGUCUCCUUCCAGCUAAAUAUACUUCAAGGACAGUUUUCUUUCGUCGGCUAACAAGGUAUAUAUAGAUACUGAUGGUCAAACACAAUGACCUGUUUAAAAUAUAUAUAGGUUAAUAGGGAACAGAGAUCUUCUGGCUAGACUAUUUACAUAUUUGUCCAGCAAAUGAGAUCUUUCCAUCAAAGUAAUCUUGGAAAUUAAAAGUAAUAUCAACCGUUCAAAUUUCCACUACACUGAAAUUAGUAAUGACGUGUCCUCUUUGGUAACUGUGAAAAACAAACGACCAGAACUUGAACAUCUUUGUACGUUUAUCUCGCUUAUCUAGUGGAUAUAAGUUUACACCAAACGACAAAUAUGCUACACAAGGUAUAUUUCUGUCUAUCUAAUGAGCCAGUUUAAAACUGUUAUAAAUCUUCGGGGUAAAGUUUUGUUUAAUAAGUCGAUAAGUUCAUUAGAUAAGGAGGGAGCAUCCGCGUCAAAAUGGCUAAGGUGGACGACUUGCCUCUCAUCGAUGAGGUGUUGAAACCACUUGAAGCGUAGAAUUCUUCAUGUGAGAAAGCCGUUCAGCUGGCUUACGGAAGGUCGGUAGUUCUACCCGGGUGGCCGCUCGUAAUAAAAUAAUGCACGGGGGAGAGAGGCACCUAGGUCUUCAUCCACCAUCAAAGCUGGAAAUUCGCCAUAUGGUUUAUAAUUGCGUCGGUGCCACGUUAAACCAAACAAAAAUAAAUCAAAACAUAAAUGUACGGUUGAGUACAUACAUGUAUCAAUUCAUUGCACUGUGAUUGAUCUGACUGAAUAAGCACUCAACGGUUUUCUGUUGCCUUACAACGAAAAAUGUCAGUAAGUCAUGCCUGGUCGCGUGACAUUAGUUGGUAUCCACAUUAGGGCACAAUAAAAUUUGGAUAGAUAAUUUCUUUUUAAAUUAAGACGCCAAAGUUUUGUUCAAGUGAAAAUAAAGUCACUUACAGAAAAUAUAUCUUUUUUAUAAGUUUGUCCUAAACGUGUGCUUUGACAUGGCAACACCUUAGAAGAUUUUUGAGAAAAAAAAAAUAUAUUUUUAAACAAGACUACAUUGCAACAACGAAAAUAGAAAUGCGCACUUCAUAAUGAUAAAAUGCAUUUUUAUCAAACUUAUACAAUGUUUUCAAACAAUUAUGGAAUUCCACUUUUUUAUUAGCAAGUGUUGUAUCAAACUUUCAUCGGUUCAAAUUUCUUGUUAGAUGUGAGAAUACCGCAACCGCGACCUAGAGUAUAUGUUUGUCAAAAUCGAAAUACUGUAAUUUGUUCAUACAUUGUCCAUGCCGUUCAACAAACAAUGUGAUGUAUUAAAUUUUGAUGCUUUCAAUAUUUAAGCAUCUACAUUUAUUAUUGAACGACUCGUAGAAUCGCCUAUUAGUACUAAAAUAAAUUUCACAUUUCAACUCCGUAUUUAUUGUCUGCAUGUUGAGUUAAUAACUACAAUUGUGCUUGCAGUUGAUAUUGAUGUUUGUAUAUUCAUAAAUAUAAGAUAAUGUAUAUUACUGCAUUUGCUGUGAAUAAUUUUGCUGUAUGUGUUAUAUGUGAAAUAGUUUCCUUUGUAUAAGUGUAGCGUUGUUCGUAUUGGAGGUAAUAAAAGAAUAUAUACAUUUCAA